AUGUUUUUGCAAAAAGUUAUCCAAAAAAUUAAUUCAUUCUUAUCGCUAUUAUUGCCUAUUGAAUGGUUUGCCUGGUUCACCUAUUUUGUGAUCCUUCCAAUGACUUCUUUAUUCGGCUGGUUGGCUCUACCAUUUGUCACCCUUGCUUUUAUUGUUGCUAACGUUUUUGGUGUUGUUCAAUUAUUAUUAAGAGCAAUGACGAACAAUUUUAAACAAACACCUACAGACGGAACUUCGGGUGAUGAUAACAUAAACGAAAUGUUCGUUUCUACCCGAGAGGCUCUUAUGACCAUUCUUCCACAAGCCUCCGAAGAAGAUAUUGGAAAGUACGAAAAACAAAUUAGUAAAGUGGAUAUUUUGGAUCCUGUCCUUAUGAUUGUGCCAAAUCAAAACUGGAUCAACCAACACACAUACGUGGUUUAUCAACAGGUGAUGGACGCAUUUGCAACCGUUAAUCUCCCGCAAAAUAGACGUAGAGACGAGAAUUCACGCAGUAUAUUCCAUUUCCCAAAUUUAAACGACCUUUACACCGUACGCGAUGCCGUUUGCAGACUUCAUCCCAAUGCAUUCUUCGACCCUAAUGCACAACCCCAACAAGAACCAAUUGGCAGUGCAUGGAUACUUACUAAUGUGGCAGUUCGCAAAAGUGAUUUUGCGGAGGAUAAUAG